AUGAGGUUUCACGACGUGCAAACUUCUCGUCGAUUCUCCUUCGCCCACAAUCCUCGAGCACUCCGGUCCACUCUUCGCGAUAAUGGAAGAAGCCCUUUUCUCAUUGGAGCUGUCAUGUUGUUAAUAUGUCAAAAUAUCACAAUUGCUGACGAAGUACCGGCAUUCUUCUUGAAAAUCGCAAAAAUCCCUACUCUGCCUAGAGUUGGUCGAAGCGGAAGGUUCGAAGAUUUUUUUUAUAAAGCUGAGAAACAUAUUCCUCGAAUUGGUAGAAGCAGUCAAUACAAGUCAACCAACCCCUUAUUGCUGCAAGACGAACAAGAAACUUACUCUGAUUUAACUAAAAGGCGUAUAGAUUAUCCUUCAAAAGUUGAAGAAUGGACUUGGCAGAAUUUUCCUCUAGCAAUCGAAGGUCCAAAGGAAUUAUGGCGAGCAUUAGCUGGAUAUUCAAGGGACGGUAGCGAUGAUAUCGAAAAUGAAGUCUGGCAGAGGAAGAAAAGGACUGGAUCAGCAACCGCACAAGAAAAAUAG